UUUCUGCUACAUCUUAAGUAUCUAUAUGUGUGUGUGUGUGUGUGUGUGUGUGUGUGUGUGUGUGUGUGUGUGUGUGUGUUGCAUUAAAACUUCAAAUUCAUCAAACUCUAAUAUCAGACAGCUUUUCUAGUUUCUCAUUGCUCAUGCUAAGGAGCACACAGACUUGUUCACCAUGGAAAGAAAUAGGGGUACAGGGUCUUCUUAGCAGAGGGUGAGACUCAGCCACAGACCCCAACACAUGACAUCACUUCCUUGGUGACUGGUCCAAACAGAACUCGGAACCCUACAGUCAAUAGGCAUCACAGUCACGACUGCUGCUUAAGAGUCACUUGGCUGGAGACGCUCAGCAGUGAACAUGCUGUGCUGCUUUCCCAGAUCUCGAGGCCGCAGCCUCAGGACCCCUCGCAGGGAAAGCACUUGGGAACGAGUGAGAGGAUGGAUGACUAAGUCCAGGCGCAACAGGCCACUGGGCAGGAACCGCUCAGCCCACGUGGGCAGCACAGGGCAGGUCUCUCCAGACCCAGAGGCCUUGGGCCCUGAGAUGAGGGGGAGCCAUGGGCAGGCCUCCCUGGGCCUGGAAACCAGACACUCUGAGAAAAUUGGAAAUCAGGAGGCGGAGAGCCUGGCAGAGGUCUGCGCAGUGAGGACGGCUCAGACAGGCCGACCACACACCCUUUCUGAGCCCCCGGAGCAGGCCUUCCCGGACAGCUGUCCCAUCAACGGGCCCUCCUUCCAGGAACCCACAAGGGCCUGCAUUUCCUCCCCACAGGAGGGGAGCCUAGAAAGCUCCAUGUCCUCUGUCAUCGAGUCCUUCCUACAGCUGCAGUCCCAGGUCUAUCACACUGGCACACUUCUGCUGGCUCAGCUGGAGCGCUACGAGCCCACUGAGACAGAGCCCAAGCGUGAGGAACAAGGGGCAGCGGGGCCAGCUCCAGCCGAAGCCGAAGUGCCAGUUGUAGAGCUCACGUCAGCUCCACCUGCAGCAGCUCCCUGUCCAGCUCUGGCAGCAGAGCCACAGCCAGCGCCAGGAACCCCUUCUCCACCAGCUGCCCAGCUGGGGCUCAUGGUAACUCCUCAGCUCCCCCUGGGGCCAGCUCCUGUCCCACACCUGCCUUUCUCCUCCAUUACCAGGGCUUUUGUUUUGUUCUUUACCUUUGCUGCCAUUUUCUGGAUAUUUCUCUUUGGCCACCAAAUCCUGGAAGGGACUGGAGAAUCUUCUUCGUGUAGAAGGGGAAAUCUAGAUACAUCCUUGGCAUUUUUCAUUGACCUGCUCGUACUGAGUCUUAUUCUUUGUGGCUACUGUGAGGUGCGCAACUGGAAAGAACAUGGCCCUGAAGCUGGGUAUGUUCUUGUGCUCGACAAGUUAGCUCCUCUAAGACGGGGCACCCUCAUUUGUCACAGAAAGAUAUGGAAGCCCACUCUUCAAGACAGAGAUGAGGGCAUUGAGCAGCCUUCUACAGGAAAACUGUGUGCCUACCAGCAAGGAGGUGUCCCGACUCAGUCUGGCUUGACAGUCCUCGAUGAACUGCUCACGGCUGGUGCUUAUCCACUACGCUUGUUUGGGAAGAAUGAGUAG